CACGAGCUGCUGCACGAGCACUUCCGCUGCGCGAGAGGCCAAAGCCACGCGCGUCCGCAGGCGACGGGGAAGAGAAGGAGCUCGUGCAGACACAAAGAAAGGUCGUGAGCAUGUCGGAUGAGGAUUCGCGUGCCAGCUCUAGCUCUUCUUCAUCCUCCUCUUCCUCCUCCGCUCACCAGCAAGCGGAGAAAGACACGCCUAGCAAGAAGCGAGAGAGCAAAGCCAACAUGAGCAAAACCUCCAAACUCCUCUCCACCAGCGCCAAGAGAAUUCAGAAGGAGUUGGCCGAUAUCAUGCUGGAUCCUCCACCAAACUGCAGUGCUGGUCCUAAAGGAGACAACAUCUACGAGUGGAGGUCGACCAUCCUGGGUCCUCCAGGCUCUGUCUAUGAGGGAGGGGUCUUCUUCCUUGACAUCGCCUUCACUCCAGACUACCCCUUCAAACCUCCCAAGGUGACGUUCCGUACGAGAAUCUACCACUGCAACAUCAACAGUCAGGGAGUGAUCUGUCUGGACAUCCUGAAGGACAACUGGAGCCCAGCCCUCACCAUCUCCAAGGUGCUGCUGUCCAUCUGCUCCCUCCUCACAGACUGCAACCCUGCUGACCCUCUGGUGGGAAGUAUCGCCACUCAGUACACAACCAACAGACCGGAGCACGACAGAAUAGCCAAACAGUGGACCAAGCGCUACGCCACAUAAUCGCCUGCAGGGAGGGAAGAAAGCUGCUGGUGGGAUGACUCGGGAGGGCUUGGGCGGGGUGGGGGGUGUGAGGGUGGGAGAGGGAGGAGGAUGUAUAUGAAAGGGGGAGGUAAGGGGACUCAGCUGUGGGAUAGAGAACAGGGAGGAUUUUUAUGGUGGAAUUUAAAGUCUUUUUUUCUCUGAUAUCGUCAUUAUGUGUGACCUUUUCCUUUUUCUCUCGACCCAUGUAGAAUCAUGAUUUGGCAAUAAUGGAUCUUAAUGUGUCUUCCUUUUUGUUCUGCUCUUGUAAAUUGAUUUUAGUUUAGUGCUUCAAAAGGACCUUCAUUAUAAAACUCUGCUUGUAAAAUGAAAUCACAGCAUGACCCUCUGGUUACCAUGUCUGACUGUAAUGUAUUUUUCCCUCCUCUGCUAUUAAAGUUACAUUGGAUGUACGACGC